AUGGAGGAUUCAUUGACCUGUAACGCUACUGCCAUUUUCUCUGUACAUGCUGCUACUAUCAACGACCUACGAGUCAACGCUUUGGAAAGCAAUCGCUACAUCUGCUUAGAAACAUCUGCAUUAACGUUUGCGGCUCGGAAAAGCGAGGCUGUUCGGGCAGCUGAUGCAUUGGCAAGGCAACAGCAGUGCUGCGACCCGAAUCGCACGAAACAGCUCUUAUCGGGAGCAGGAGAUGCGGAGGUUCUAGGAGAGGAGGAGAGGAUGCAGGUAAAGGGUGACGUGUUAGAGGAUGACGGGAAAAGCAACUCGCAUCGUCCUGGGAGGGCGAGUGCUGAUGGUGGUGCUGGUUCCGUUGGUAUCGGCUUCGGGUUUCUCAACGAUCUCAUCCUUCCCACCUCCUCCGCCCUUUACGGCGCCCAGGACGGACGCCCACUCUCAGGCAGCCACGUGGCACGACGCCACAGGUCGCUGCAGGACCAGCCAACGGCCGUCCCGCCGCCCGUCACAGGCAAAGACGCUCCAGCCACCUACGCACCUGUCUACUCACCUUCUGUUAACUCACCUUCCAUUGGCCUACCUGCCAUUCGCUCACCACCCUCCGCGCCUGCUCCUCCCGUCUCUGCUAAUUCACCCCCUGUUGAUCCGGGAACGGACGAAUACGGCAACCCAGUGAAACCCGGGGAGGCGGCGUUUCAGCGGAAUGUUCCGCCGUCCCCGCCGCCCCCGCCGCCACCCCCUCCGGUCGUCUCUUUCAUGCAAGGCACCUACAUCAACUGCGGCAGCAACCAGUCUCUAAGAAACCCUCUUUACACCUGGGAGGCGGAUACCUUUUCGGGCAGGUUCGGGAGGAGUUUCCGGGCAGGCGUGAUCAAGACGACCAUGAAUGGGACGGUGGCGGCGGGCAGGAUGGGGAACGGGAAGGUGGAGUUUAGCGAGACAGGGGUGCUGAAGACGCCUCCGGGAGUGGAUGCACGGGUGUUUGAGACGGUGCGGUACUUUGAUGACCUCGCUCCCAACGUCUCCACCUACUCUGUGCCGGUCCCCGGCCCUCCCACCAACGUGUUCGUCCGUCUGUACUUUGCUGAAAUUAUCUACACGACAGCCAAGCUGCGCCGCUUCCACGUGGCAGUGGAGGGCGCGCCCGUGCUGACCAACUACAGCGUGCCACGUGGCACUGUGCGAGUGGAGGAGUUUGUCGUGCCUGUGCUGGACGGUUCUGUGGAUAUUGCGUUUAUCCGGGGCGAGAUUGGCGAGCCCAUGAUCAGUGCUAUCGCGGUGGUGCCUCUGACCCCUGGCAUGUACAACCUCUCCGCCCCCACUGCCACGUCUCGCAUCAUGGCCACGGACUACCGCUUUGGCUGUGGGCUCUUCCUCCCCAUCACGGACCUCACCCAGCGCAUCUGGAAUCUGCUGCCCUCCGACCUCUACACGCCCAAGGACCCUGGGUCACGCCGCUACAACAGAACCGAAUCAGCGCCCGUCACGUGGCCGCAGACCCUCGACAACGCCGACAAGCCGCCCUUCAUGUUCCCCCUUGAUCUCACCACGGCGGGGCUGCACUCAGUGGAGUAUUCCAGCUAUGGGGGCUACAACUUCAACACAUUCCUCAACUUCUCCCUCCCCGUUGAUCCCAACACCGCCUAUCGCAUCGACCUGGGCUUUGAGGAGCUCUGGUACUACUAUACGGCUCGUCUGCUGGAUUUCUAUGUGGAUGGUGAGCUCAUGCUCAAGGAGCUCGAUCUGGCCACAGUGGCGGGCGUUGGUGUGCCCUACACCGUCACACUCAGGGCUGUGUCUGGUCCCUCGGGCUACAUGAACAUUUUCCUCAACACCUCCACCAACGCCCUGCACAACAACGUGUUCAUAAGCACGCUUGAGCUCUUCCGAGUGAUUCCCACCGACCCAGCCAACCAGGCAGCGCUCCUAUCUGCCGCCAAGCCCCUCCCUCCUCCCGCUCCCUUUGCUGCUGUUGACACCACCGCCGCUUCCGCCUCCUCCGAGUCUUCUUCUGCUGCGCUAGGCAUCGGCAUAGCUGUGGGCAUGGGCAUCAUCAUUUUCCUCCUCGCCUCGCUCGCCACCCUCAUCGUCCUCCGCACACACUACCGCAACAGGCAGGCGCGCAUCGCAGCAGCAGCCGCAGCAGCAGAGGCAGGCUACUACGACGGCACGGCUUCAUCCAAGUCAAAGAGUGCCUCUGGGGGUGCUGAUGGGGGGUUCGGUGGCGGUGCUUUCUCCGACAGUGGAAUCCUGGCUCUCAUCUCUGGCAAAUUCGGCUCUUCUGCUGCAGACGACAAGCACAAGGCCUUCAAGAACCUUGAUGCCGAAGCCACAGCCAAAACCGGCCUGUUUGGAGCGCGCAUCUUCUCCCUCGCUGAGCUCCGCCGAGCCACUGACGAUUUCGCCUCGGGGAACCUCAUUGGGCAGGGCGGGUUCGGCAAGGUCUACCGAGCCACGCUCGGAGGCUCGGCAGGCGAAGGUGACGCCGCAGGCUCGGCACCCGCCGUGCCUGGGUUUGAGGUUGCGGUGAAGAGGCUUGGGUCGGGAUCGCAGCAGGGAGCGUCGGAGUUUCUGACUGAAGUGCAGCUGCUGAGCCGGCUGCAUCAUAAGAACCUGGUGAACCUGAUUGGGUACUGCGAUGAGGACCCCAACCAGCUCAUCCUGGUGUAUGAGUAUGCGCCCAACGGCACCCUCAAGGACUACCUCCGAGACGUGGUGAGGGUGAAGUCCCUCUCCUGGGAGCGCCGCCUGCGCAUCGCCACCACUGCCGCCAAGGGCCUUGAGUACCUGCACAACGGUGCCUCGCCCUCCGUCAUCCACCGUGACAUCAAGACGUCCAACAUUCUGCUCGACUAUGCCUUCAACGCCAAGGUCGCCGAUUUUGGCCUCUCCAAGCUGGGCAAGAAAACCCCCGCCGCCAUGGGCAUGGGCGUGGAGGAGAAAUCAGAUAAGAGCCACAUCAGCACGCGCGUCAAGGGCACCCUCGGCUACCUGGACCCCAUGUACUACACGAAGCAGCACCUCACAGACAAGAGCGACGUGUUUAGCUUCGGGGUCGUGCUGCUGGAGCUCCUCACAGGCCGCCUGCCCAUCUGGCAGGAGGACGACGCUUCAGGCCUGCAGAACGGGGGCGAAAGCCUGAUUAACCUGGUGGAGUGGACGGAGCCGUUCCUCAAGUCGGGGCAGAUUCGCCCCAUUGUGGCUCCGACUCUCGAUGUGGAUCGGCACAUGCAGAGCCUCAUGAAGGUGGCUGACCUCGCUUACCGCUGCGUGCGCACGCAGCCCAAGAGCCGUCCCCCCAUGGCCGAGGUGGUCCGCGUUCUCGCAGAAGCCAAGGCCCUUCUCGACGCUGAGGGUUCUUCUCCCCCCGCCUCGUCUGCUCUCCCACUUCCCACCCCCUCUGCUGCUGCUGCCGCCUCUAUCUCUGCCGGUGCUGGUUCUGUUGGUGGUUCCGCUGGUGCUGUAGCUGGGAAUUCUCUGCUGGAGUCGUCCCUGAAAGUGGGGGAUGGGGAGUCGGCAUUGCUUAUGGACGAGGCUGGAGAUGCUUUUAUGCCGCAUGCUUCUGUCUCUGCUGCUGCUGCGGCUGCGGCGGCGGCGGCUGCUGCGGGGGAUUAUGCGAAUCCGUUCUCGAUCAGCGUUAUAUCGGAUCCUCAUGACUUCGCCGCGUCGGACCUGCAUCAUCUCCUCUUUGAGCGCAUUCUCGGCGAAGAAGGCGGCGGCGGAGGCGGUGAGAAGAAGACAAGCGGCAUGUAUAACUACAUGGUUUACUCGCCGAGCUACUACAUCGCUACAGUGACCGCCUUAAUUGUCAUCGUUUCACUGCUCUUUGAGAAAAUCAUCCACGUCAUCCACCAUUGGUUUGGUCACAGGAAGAAUAAGGCCCUAGUGCACGUGGUCGACCGCAUUAAAGACGAGCUUAUGGUCGCCGGAUUCCUCUCCAUCGUUCUCGCGUUGAUUAAUCCGCUCCUCGCCGGGUGGUGCGUCCCGGUCGUCAGAGACACCAUUCUUAUCCCGUGCAAACCGCCGGAGAUUGCUUAUUAUUCUCCACCGCCCGCCAGUACAGCUGCAAACUUCACGGACAAAGGUCUCCCAGUGGUUCAAACGAAUCAAAGUGGGGUUACUCCGAGUGGCGGAAAUGGCACGACAUUCUCGACGGUCGUCAAUACCGAGCAGUUCGCGAACGGAACUGGGCUCGAAUUUCGUGAGACUACGAUCAUAUUCCCGAACGGGACGAAAUUGAAAUCUUCGUCGAAAGCUUUCUUUCGCGGCAACGAAACGGGAUCUGUUACCAACAAAACAGACUCGAUACCACCACGAGGAGUCCCAUUUCCUAACAUUAGUUCUUCAAAUGAAGUCAACAAAUUUCAUGAAAGAGGGCUUAUGGAAUCUACACCAGCUAAAAACAGUGAAGUGACAUCCAGUGGCAUAGAAGAUCAAAUUCGUAGGUUGAUUUUGGACUGGGAACGUCAGAAAGACCAAGAAGAGCAUCGUCGGCAACUUCUUGGAGAAGAUGACCGUUGGGAGCAUGGCAGCCGGCUCAUCCAUCAUGUGCGAAGAAAGCUGGGCCAGGAGCCACUCAUGUCGCCAUCAGCCAUCCACCAAUUGCAUCUCUUCAUCUUCGUCCUCGUUGCCGGCCACAUCAUCUACACCUGUGUCACCAUUGUCAUCGCCCGUGCCAAGGUAUCCACGUGGCACAGGUGGGAGAACAAGUGCCAAGAGAAGAUGAAGCAAAGGAAGGGCGCGGUAUCAGGCCAGCUCACCCGCGCCCUGCAGGACCGCAGCUUCAUUCUCCGCCGCACUGGACCCCUUGCCAGCUUUCGCCGUCGCGUGGCAGCUGACGUGGCAGAUGCCGGUUCCAGCUCAGCAGGUGGCGGAUAUGACGUGGAGCAGCCCCCUCCCGGCGUGCAGCAGGAGCCGGAGCUGGCGAGAACCUUCCAGGAAGUUGAUGACGUGGCAGAGGAGGAAGAGCCGGAGCAUUUUACGUGGAUAGGGGAGGAGGAGGAGGGGGAUGACCUGGAUACGGUAUAUGAGGAGGAAGAGGAGAGAGAGGAGGAGGAGAGGAAGGAGAAGGAAUGGAGGGGGCAGGAGGGGAGGCAGGAGGGGAGGAAGGAGGGGAGGAAGGAGGGGGAGGGAGGGGGUGAGGGAAAGAAGCGGCUGGUGCGACUGGCAACGAUGGCGCGGAAAGAGGCGAGCACUGAGCUGACAGUCUGGCAGUCGCUGGUGCUCACUGUG